UUGUCCUGAGCUGCUGAAGUGAGUGUCAGCUAUGAGUUCUCUCAGCCCCCCAGUUUGAGACAGUUUUGUGAUGGUUCAUCUCUUUGAGCCAGAGCGUUAGCAGUGCUGGUUGUCUUCCUGUGCCAGGCCUGGUGUGCCAUCCCGGAGGCAGUGCCCUGCAGAUGGUCUGGGGAGGGCUGGGCUGGGACAGGGACUGCUGCGUUGCCUCCCAGCUGCCCUGCCCUUUCUCUUGUCCCUGCAGGCUCCAGUUCAGCUUGUGCCUUCCAGGCGUGAUCAUCCCAGGCUGCAGGAGAGCAGCAAAUGGCCACAGCACAUCGGUGUCAGGAGCCCGUGAGCUUUGCGGAGGUGGCCGUGUAUUUCAGCAGGGAGGAGUGGGCGCUGCUGGACCCUGCGCAGCGAGCGCUCUACCGGGACGUGAUGCUGGAGACGUACCAGUGCGUGGCCUGGCUGGCUUCACUUCCAGCCCCCAAACCCGGGCUGAUCUCCCUGCUUGAAGGAGGGGAAGACCCCUGGAUCCCAGGUGUGCGUAGCCCUGAGGCCGUGCCAGGAGACCUGAGCCCAGCAGGAACUGGGAUUACAGAUAUACUGGAGGAUGUGCAGGAAAGUGGUGUGGCCGAAAGGCGGUGGGGCAGUGCCUGUGUGGGAGAAAUCAGAAGGGAUGUCCCAGGAGGCCUGGAGCAAGGUCAGGGUGAGCACAUCAAGAAGGCACUGGGAGAGCAUCUGGAAGAGAAAGGAAGGAGCCCACUGGACUUCAACAUAGGUGAAAAGCAGGACGUAGAGCCCAGGAGCAAGGAUGUGUGUCAGAUGAAAAAGCAGAAUUCAUGCACUGAGUGUGGGAAAAGCUUGGAAAUAAAUUCCAGUGUCAUUAACCACCAGCACAUGCACGCAACGAAGAGCCUGUACAAGUGCUCUGAGUGUGGGAGGAGCUUCAACAGCAGUUACAACCUUACCCGCCACCAACGCAUCCACACAGGAGAGAGACCCUUUCAGUGUCCUGAGUGUGGGAAGAGCUUCAACAGCAGUUCCCAUCUCACCUGCCACCAACGUAUCCACAAAGGAGAGAAACCCUUUCAGUGCUCUGAGUGUGGGAAGGGCUUCAAAACGAAGUUUGAAUUGAAGCUGCACCAGCGCAUCCACACAGGGGAGAGACCAUACAAGUGCUCUGAGUGUGGGAAGGGCUUCAAAAGCAAUUCUAACCUCACCUGCCACCAUCGCAUCCACACAGGUGAGAGACCCUUUCAGUGUCCUGAGUGUGGGAAGAGCUUCAAACGCAGUUCUGAAUUGAAGCAGCACCAUCGCAUCCACACAGGACAGAGACCCUUUCAGUGUCUGGAGUGUGCAAAGAGCUUUAAACGCAGAUCUCAUCUCAACACUCACAAGCGCACCCACAGAGCACAACGGCUGUAGAAGCUCCCCAAGACUCUGGGAACCUUCAAAAGCAGUUCCAGCCUCAUUAGCGACCAGCACUGCCACAGAAGGUACAGAUCCUGCAGAACCUCAAACUUGUGAAGAACUUCAGCCAAAGCCCCACCCUGGUUACGACCUGUGGCUUUGUGUUUUGAACCUUACAAAUCCCUUGAGUAGAGGAUGAGCUCUGCAGCCAAAAUCCUUCUUCUCUGCUGCUCUUCUUUCUCCUCUUUGGAUGCGAAUUCUGCAUGUUGCUCUCUGUCAGCUGCAGUCAAGGUGUUGAGCGGACACUCAAAGGAGAGUCCAGAGUGGGAUGUGUCACAGCCACUGGAAACCCUCUGCCAGGUGGCACGUUUCUGCCAGGGCAGUGUGCAAGGACAGUCACCUCUUAUCUCCCCUGUAGACACUCACCUGCUGUGGGACAACAGGUGAGGACCCAAAGGAAACCUCAGCUGGGCCGAUACGUCGCCAGGAAGGAAGAAAUUCUGUCUGCCGGGAGUGUGGGAAGAGCUUCAUCUGGAGCUCAACCCUCAGUACACUCCAGAGAACCAACGCCGGGGAGAUUCCCUGUGAGUGCCUUGACUGCAGGAAGAGAUCCGUCCAGAGCUGGGAGCUCAUCACACACCAGUGGAUCCACGUGAGGAACCCUACAGACGUGCAGCCUGCAAGAAGAGCUUUGGCCACAGCUCGAACCUGCUGAGGUAGCAGAGUGUCUGCAGUUGGGUGAAGUCCAGGACGUGCCUGCACCAGUGAGUUCACGUGGCAGGAAGCCUUAGAAAUGCCUCGAGUGUGAGAAGGGCUUUGUGCAGAGCACGAAGCUCCUCCCUUGCAGGAGAUGGCAGUCGUUGCAGAAGUGCUACAAACGUCCCAUGUGUGGGAAGAGCUUCAACCACAGCUCCCAGCUGAGCAAGCACCAGGGGAUCCACUCAGGGCAGAGACCAUAGAUGUGCCUGCACUGCAGGAAGAGCUUCAUCCAGAGCUCAGUCCUCGUUAAGCAUUGCCCAGUCCACGUGAGACGGUGGCCCUGCAAGUGUCUCUCCUACAGGAAGAGUUUCUCCCAGGGCUGGCACCUCAUUUCUCAUGGGGAAAGCUCCAGGAGAGAGAGCUUGAGGAUGCCCAAGGAUGGGGUAGACUCCUGUGCUUCUCCCCACACAGGAAGAGCUGGCAAAGGAAAUGGCAUUGCUGGCUCCCUCUGCAGAAGGGACUUAACCCAGGAGCUUCAGAUGGCCUUUCCUUGCUUCCCAAAGCAGUUCUCUCAGCAUGCCCACGUUCCUCUUCUGCUCUUCCUGCCUGCAGCUUUUUGAUGCCAUUUCCAUAGGAGAAGCGGCUGUGUGGGGAUGUUCUGUGUGUCUGUGUGCGUGUGUUGCUCUCAGUAAUUUCUGAGUGCGCAGACGAAUGUGAGAGAAUGGUUAGGAGAGCAGUAAUGUGGCUCUUGGAGGUUUUCUGAGAAUCAUCUGUGGUGGAAAGGGAAGGGGGUGAAUAAAGUAGCUGAGUUGUUCUGGAGCUUUCUUCACUGUGUUCUUGUUUCUUGUUCUUAAGGUGAAUGUCAGCGUGUGGAAUGAGGAGAGGGAUAGGAGAGGGAUAAUAUUCCACCUCUGCACACACUGGAAUCAGCGCAGGCACAG